AUGUCGUGGGUGAAGGUGCUUGGGGGGCUGCUGGGGGCAGCUGCCCUCUUGGGGCUGGGGAUCAUCCUGGGCCACUUCGCCAUCCCCAAAGGGGCCAACCUGCCGGCCUCCAGUGACUCAGCCUCCCGGGACCUGGACCCAGAGAUCCUUGAGACCGUAAUGGGACAGCUGGAAGCCAGCAGGAUCCGGGAGAAUCUUAGAGAACUCUCCAGGAAGCCGCACCUGGCCUCCAGCCCCAGGGAUGAGGAGCUGGUACAGCUGCUGCUGCAGCGCUGGCGGGACCCGGAGUCCGGCCUGGACUCAGCUGAGGCCUCCACGUACGAAGUGCUGCUGUCCUUCCCCAGCCAGGGGCAGCCCAACCGCGUGACCAUUGUGGGUCCCACCGGGGAUGUCCUCUUCUCCUGUCGCCAAACCGAAGCAAACCUGACUGGGGAGCAAGAGGGGCCCGAUGUGGUACCACCCUAUGCCGCCUACGCUCCCCCCGGAACCCCACAGGGCCUCCUCGUCUACGCCAACCGGGGCUCGGAAGAAGACUUUAAGGAGCUGGAGGCUCAGGGAAUCCAACUCAACGGCACCAUCGCCCUGACCCGCUACGGGGGCGUCGGCCGAGGGGCCAAGGCCGUCAACGCCGCCAAGCACCAGGUAGCUGGCGUACUGGUGUACACGGACCCCGCAGACAUCAAUGACGGCCGGAGCUUGCCCAACGAGACCUUCCCGCACUCCUGGCACCUGCCUCCCUCAGGGGUGGAACGAGGUUCCUACUAUGAGUAUUUUGGGGACCCUCUGACUCCCUACCUUCCAGCCAACCCGUCCUCCUUCCGCCUGGACCCUGCCACUGCCUCUGGAUUUCCCCCAAUUCCCAUUCAGCCCAUCGGCUUUGAAGAUGCAAAAGUCCUUCUCUGUAACCUGCAAGGACCCUCAGCGCCGGCUGCCUGGCAGGGAGCACUGGGCUGUGACUACAAGCUGGGGCCAGGCUUCCAGGCGGAUGGUAACUACACAGGCAGCCAGGUGAACAUGAGCAUUCACAACCGCCUGGAGCUGCGGAACUCCUCCAACGUCCUGGGGAUCAUCCGCGGGGCUGUGGAGCCUGACCGCUACGUGCUGUACGGGAACCACCGGGACAGCUGGGUGCACGGGGCCGUGGACCCCAGCAGCGGCACUGCUGUCCUCCUGGAGCUCUCCCGCGUCCUGGGAACCCUGCUGAAGAAGGGCACCUGGCGCCCCCGCAGAUCGGUCGUGUUUGCGAGCUGGGGAGCAGAGGAGUUUGGGCUCAUCGGCUCCACAGAAUUCACGGAGGAGUUCUUCAGCAAGCUGCAGGAGCGCACCGUGGCCUACAUCAACGUGGACAUCUCGGUGUUCGCCAAUGCCACGCUGAGGGCUCAGGGAACGCCCCCGGUCCAAAGCGUCAUCUUCUCGGCAGCCAAACAGAUUCCUGCACCGGGCCCCGGCGGCCUCAGCAUCUACGACAACUGGAUCCGGUAUUUCAACCGUAGCAGCCCGGUGUAUGGCCUGGUCCCCAGCUUGGGCUCUCUGGGUGCCGGCAGCGACUACGCUCCCUUCGUUCACUUCCUGGGCGUCUCCUCCAUGGACAUCGCCUACACCUAUGACCGGAGCAAGACCUCCGCCCGCAUCUACCCCACCUACCACACAGCCUUCGACACCUUCGGUUACGUGGACAAGUUUGUGGACCCCGGCUUCAGCAGCCAUCAGGCCGUGGCCCAGACGGCGGGGAACGUGCUUCUUCGGCUCAGUGACAGCCUCUUCCUGCCUCUCAACGUCAGUGACUACAGUGAGACCCUCAGAAGCUUCCUGCAGGCUGCCCAGCAGGACCUCGGGGCGCUGCUGGAGCAGCACAACAUCAGCCUGGGGCCUCUGGUGGCUGCCGUGGAGAAGUUCGAGGGGGCAGCGGUGGCCUUGGGACAACGCAUAGCAGCGCUGCAGAAGGGCACGUUCGACCCUCUGCAGGUCCGGAUGCUCAAUGACCAGCUGAUGCUCUUGGAACGGACCUUCCUGAACCCUCGAGCCUUCCCAGAGGAACGCUACUACAGCCACGUGCUCUGGGCUCCGCGCACCGGUCCCGUAGCCACAUUCCCAGGGCUAGCCAAUGCCUGUUCCACGGCCGUGAACACAGGCCCGGGAUCUUACGCCUGGGCUGAGGUGCAGAGGCAGCUCAGCAUUGUGGUGGCGGCCCUGGAGGGUGCGGCAGCCACCCUGAGGCCUGUGGCUGACCUCUGACCCCGGCCCUCCUUCCUUGACCCCCCCUUAUCCUAUCCCUCUCCCACUCCAGUUUUCUUUGGGUGUGUCCCUCCUCCCCAGUGCCAAGAGCGGGCACAGCCACAGGAUCCCCUCAAGCUUCUGAGGCAACAGCUCAGGGUCCCACUGGUUGUGGUCACCUGCGGGGAGUGACAAGCCCUGGGGGAAAGUCUCCCUCAGUCUGGCUCUUGGUUGGCAGAGGGUGGAGAACAGGAGGUGGGGACGGUGGGAACGGCAGGACUCCCGGUGGUCCUUGGUGGGGGCGGGGUGAGGAAAGGACGCAUGAUGCCAGCCUUAGAUGCC